AUGGCCUUUUUCUUCUAUAGUUCACCACCAUCAGUUGCUUGUAAUGUCUGUUAUAUUGCCAUCUUCAUCUCCUCAUUUCUGCAAUUCACAGAUUCGGUUUACUUUAAAGCAACUCGUUUCAGUCCAGAUGUGACUGACAUCCUCUAUGAAGGAGAUGCCGUGGCUUCUGUAGGAGCGAUUGAAUUCAACAAGGUUAAUUAUCUAUGUCGGGUUGCUCAUGCCAUAUACAGAGAAAAGGUGCCGCUUUGGGAUCCUGAUUCUGGGAAGCUUGCUGAUUUCACUACACAUUUUUCCUUCAUCGUUGAUACACAAAACCGUUCUUCUUAUGGCCAUGGAAUUGCUUUCUUUCUUGCUCCUGUUGGUUUCCAAAUCCCACCCAAUUCAGUGGGUGGCUUUCUAGGCCUGUUUAAUACCACAACCAGUGAUUCCUCUCAAAACCAUAUCGUUGCUGUAGAAUUUGACUCCUUUUACAACGAAGAAUGGGAUCCUAAGUAUGAGCACGUGGGGAUCAACACUAAUUCUAUUUCUUCAGUGGUAACAGCUCCUUGGAAUGUCACCUUGCACAGUGGAGAGACUGCUGAUGCAUGGAUUACAUACAAUUCUAGCACAAAAAACUUGACUGUCUUUUGGAGCUAUGGGACAGGUCCAAAUUCCAGCCUUUCAUAUCAUAUAGACCUCAAAGAGGUUCUUCCUCAAUGGGUCAAUAUUGGAUUCUCAGCUGCCACGGGUACAAAUGUUGAGCGCCACAUACUUGAGUCUUGGGAAUUCAGAUCCAGCCUGGAUAUUGAAGAAUCACAUGGAGGAAAAGCGCGAAAAAUUGGGUUAAUAGCUGGUCUAACUGCAACAGGGGUGGUUCUGAUUUCGAUUGUGUUGUUGUUGUUUAUAAUACUGAAGAGGAAACGACAAACGAUCACAAACAAAACUCCAACUCCAGAGGCAACAAGCUUGACAUCUUUCAGUGAUGCUCUUGAGAGGGGUGCAGGACCAAGAGGGUUCUCUUACAAAGACCUUGACUUGGCUACUAAUCAUUUCUCAGAUGAGAGGAAGUUGGGUGAAGGAGGAUUCGGGGAGGUCUACAAAGGGUACCUAAUUGAUCUUGAUAUUCCAGUUGCAGUGAAGAAGAUCUCAAGAGGGUCUAAGCAGGGUAAAAAGGAGUAUGUAACUGAGGUGAAGGUUAUAAGCCAGUUGAGACAUCGAAAUUUGGUUCAACUCAUUGGUUGGUGCCACGAUCAAGGCGAGUUCUUGCUUGUCUAUGAGUUCAUGCCAAAUGGAAGCUUAGAUUCUCACCUGUUUGGCAGAAGAAAUCCUCUUAGUUGGACUCUCAGAUACAAAAUAGCCCUCGGUUUAGCAUCCGCUAUAGUCUAUCUUCACGAAGAGUGGGAACAAUGUGUGAUACACCGAGACAUCAAAUCCAGCAACAUAAUGCUCGACUCAAGUUUCAACGUCAAGCUUGGCGAUUUCGGCCUGGCAAGACUCAUGGACCAUGAGUUAGGUCCCCAAACCACAGUUCUAGCCGGAACAUUAGGGUAUCUAGCACCAGAAUACAUAAGCACUGGCAGAGCUAGCAAAGAGUCGGAUGUGUACAGCUUCGGGGUGGUGGCCUUGGAAAUCGCCACCGGGAAAAGAUCAAACGAUGCCUCAACUUCUAUGUCCUACACGACGGGGCUAGUGCAGUGGGUUUGGGAUCUUUAUGGAAAAGGAGAGCUUCUUUCCGCGAUGGAUCCAAAAUUGAGCGGAGAUUUGGAAGAGAAACAAGUGGAGUGUGUGAUGGUUGUCGGGUUAUGGUGUGCACACCCUGACAGUAGCGUAAGGCCAUCCAUAAAGCAAGCAAUUCAUGUCCUGAAUUUCGAGGCGGCAUUGCCUAGUCUGCCAAUGAAGAUGCCUGUUCCUGUGUAUCAUGCCCCUCCCCCUGGCCCUGCUGCUUCUAGUGGUAGUCCUUCGGUUAACUCUGCGGAGCCCUUGAUUAGUUACUCUAGCAUUGAAAUAGGUCGUUAAUCGUAUCUUUAGAUUAUAAUAUAUGUC